UUCCAGCUACUUGGCUUGGCCGUCAUUACUAUUGGAAUCUAUGUUAUCAUCAAGCUCGAACAUUUCAACACUGCCGCCUUCAUAAUCGCCGGUUUGGGUAUUGUGGUGAUCUUGACCGCUGUUCUGGGUACACUAGGCGCGGCACGUGAAAGCAGUCAAAUCUCCAAAGCGUUCGCCGUAAUAUUAAUUUUAUGGGUAGUACUACAAACGUUGACAGUUGGCUUCUUUUGGAUAUUCCAAUCGACAUUGCUGAUCAAUGUUGAUAACACCUUCGAUCAGUUAUGGCGUAACCAGCCGGUGCCAAUUAAGCCGGGAAAUGCCAGUCAAAUAGCGAGCAUUGAGAGAUGGCUGGAUUGUUGUGGCAAUGUCGGCCCUAGUGACUACAUGCUCCCGCCCUACAGCUGCUACAGCAGCACCACGGACAAACUGAACCUCGAUGGUUGUCGGCAAAAGUUUCUUGAAUAUAUUUCUGAUCGCUGGCAGGCAUUUAAUUUCUUAUCCAUCGGCUUGGUGUUGGUUGAGCUGAUUUGUGCUGCUUUCGCUUGGGUAUUGGCAAACAGCAUUGUGAAUCGUUGGCGCCGCUCAAAAUACUAUCCCAAAUAAGUAGAUUUAAACGAUUAAUUUAAAUGCGCAUAAAGGCCAAAGAAUUUCUAUAUUUUUUUGUACAAAUAUAGAUAUGCAUAUAGUGGUUACAAACGUUUUUAUGCAUGUAUAUGUAUAUGUAUAUGAAAAACCUACACAUAUUUUUGUUUGUAAACAGCGUACACACACAACGAUACACACAUAUGUACAUGUAAAAGUGUUUGUUAUUUCGAAAACGAUUUUUUUUUUGCUAGUCUACCUCAACAUGCUCAUAACAAAAUUACUUAGCUAAGCUAAAGGCAGCAAAGUAAUGCUCAAUACUCAGCUAAGCUGGAAAAUAACAAAAAUUUUUCGCAAAGAAAGAAGCAUAAAAUAUACAAUUGAACAUUGAUUUAAAAAAUUCACAGUAGUUACGUAACAAAAAUGGUGUUCUGUAGUAAAUAAAUUUCGAAAAUAAAUUAGGAAGCAGCAUAAAUAUUUGUAUUUGUAAAUUACUUACAUAAAACUAUGUAUAUUUUUCUGAUCAUUUACAUGCUGUACUGUUGUUAACAUUAGAAUUAGUUUUUCGAUGAAUGUACUUUUGUAACUGAUUAAAAUUAUGCAUGCCAA